AAAUCUCGAGUCCACCGUGGAGCGAGCCUCAGGCCCUAGUCUCCUCUCCUCAAUCCGACGCGGCGCCGCGGCCCCCUAUUUUUUAGCCUUUCCUCUCCGUCGGCGACGCAUACAUCCGGCGAGCGGUCCAAUCCGGACGAGGAGAUGCCGCGGAUCCCUCUGAUCAAGUUCCCCAAGCGGAAUCUGAAAGCCCCAUCGGCGCCAGCGCCGUCGCAACCCGCAGAUCAGCACGCGACCCUCAUGUCCCGGUUGGGGGCUAAAGCAGAGGCACCAUCUUCUGGAGGGAUUAAAAAUUACCGCUUUAGGUCAGAUGUACCUUCCCCACCUUCUCAUACUGCCGUAGGAGGUCCAGCUUCACUCCUUCCUAAGCGUAAACCCCUGACUGAAGAAGAAAUUGAGGCUAUUAUGUUGGGAGGCUCCAUCUGAUAUCACCUCAUAUGGAUUGGAAAUUCUAGGAACAUCAAUAAGAUCGUAUACCUGAACUUAUUUCCUUUGACCUCUGAAAGAGUGUUACUGAAGCCAUGUUGAUAUGGAAUUGGGUGUUUUUUUUAAUUGUCUGGAAGUCAGCUGUUGAGACAUUCGUUUCCAGUAUUCUGCACAUGUAACUGGCCAAAUCGUGAACACAUUCAGUUCCUUGCAGAAGAAGUGUUGAUCAUGGAAUGGUUUUGCAUAUCUGAUUAUUUUGUCGUGCA